CCAUACAUCUUUAUGUUGAUCGACCAUCAGCCAGCCAUCAUCAGCGCGUACAAUGAAAACUGUUCCGCGGAUUCGAAAAGUCGUAUUGAAUGAGAAAGAGCUAUCGUAAAAGAGAAGAAAACGAAGCAAAAAUUUUUUGGAAGCUCCUUGCGGAAGAUUAUAUUUUUGACCAAAUUUUGUCGUAUCAUCGUGAAUCCUGUUCCGUCGGAAGGAAUCCCGUGUGUGUGUAUAUUGCACCGUUUUGUGACGGAUCGCAGGUGGAAUAUUGUAAGCCCGCAGGUUUUGCUACUAGCUGUCCCUGUCAAUAUCAUCGCACUCGGGAUACAUAAUAAGCUGGAAGUGGGUACUGCUCGGUGGCUGUGCAUGACCGCAGUUCUAUUGUGUAUUUUGAUUGAACAAUAUUCGCGUGUGUGUUCGCCGUGCCGUGUUCCGAUCCGGACCAGUAUACGGGAGUGCAUAUUUCGCGAGUGUUUUUCCUGAUUCGUUUCUCGUCAUUGUCCAACCAGGGUCCGCUAUUCGUCAUUGCUGCUGGCUUUUCCUGCUGUGGAUUACCGAUUGCUGCAGCAAGACAAAAAAGUUUGGUUCCCCGACGAAAAAGAGGGAGAUCCUCUGUGUGCGCGUGUGUUUCAGUGCUUUCGUGGUAGGCGUCCGUAGGUUUGGUUCCGCGAUACCUCCGACAAACAGUGUGUCGUUCGCCGAAACGUCCGCCAAGACAGGGAAACGGAGUUCCCCGGAAGUAGAUGAAGGAACUGUCUACUCUGCCAGUGAAAGUUCGUUCGGAAGCAACAAGCCGCAGCCUCAAUAGGUCCUACGUGCCGACACCGUCCCAGCAGUCCCAGUCGGCGAUAGAACGGUGUGUAGUGCGAUUGUUCCAAUACCAGCCACCGGUUCGAGGCAUUUUGCCGCCCGCUGUUUGGGUCCCCGUUAGCACAAUCCGGAAACAACGCCGCCGAAGAAGAUGUCCAGAAAUAAAGACAAAUAUGAUAACAAUAGGCGACAGCAAACGUUCCUCUCGGCGGAAGAUAUUGCGUCCGGGAAGAAAACCUGCUGGCACGGUGUCGAGAUAACCGGCAGUGUUCGGAACAUCAGUCCGACACUGUGGAAGUUCGAGCAUCUGACGGCCCUCUACCUGAACGAUAACUGUCUGAUGCGACUGCCCCAUCAGAUCGGUUUGCUGGUCAAUCUGCGCAUGCUGGACCUGUCCAGCAAUAAGCUGCGCAGUUUACCAGCGGAGCUGGGCGAACUGAUUCACUUGAGGGAACUACUGUUGAACAACAACUUGUUGCGUGUGCUUCCGUACGAGCUGGGUAAACUUUUCCAUCUGCAUGUGCUCGGUUUGCACGGGAAUCAACUCGGGAAAGACGUCAUGUCGAUCUUCAACGAACCCAACGGAACGCAGAAGCUGCUUACGUACAUGCUGGAUAAUUUGUCAGUGACCGUAGCUCCACCACCGCAACGACCCUGGAUACCACUAGCGAGACCGAACCGGGCCAGGGGUGCAUGCAUAUUCACCGUCAUGUGCUACAACGUACUCUGCGACAAGUAUGCCACCAGGCAGAUGUACGGCUACUGUCCCAGCUGGGCCCUAGGCUGGGAAUAUCGGAAAAAGGCAAUUCUGGACGAAAUUCGACACUACUCGGCCGACAUCAUCAGCCUGCAGGAAGUGGAGACGGAUCAGUUUUUCAACUUCUUCAAACCGGAAUUGAAGAACGACGGCUACGAGGGCAUUUUUUCGCCCAAGUCACGCGCCAAAACCAUGUCCGAGCUGGACCGAAAGUACGUGGACGGUUGUGCGAUUUUCUUUCGGUCGUCCAAGUUCUCGCUUAUCAAAGAACAUUUGGUUGAGUUCAAUCAGCUGGCGAUGGCCAACUCGGAAGGUUCCGACAACAUGCUGAACCGAGUGAUGCCGAAGGAUAACAUCGGUCUGGCGGCACUGCUGAAGGUGAAGGAAAGUGCAUGGGAAGGUGUUCCGCCUGAGCAGGCCUCAGUUUCACAGCCCAUACUGGUGUGUACGGCGCACAUCCACUGGGAUCCGGAGUUCUGCGACGUCAAGCUCAUCCAGACGAUGAUGCUGAGCAACGAGCUGAAGACGAUACUGGACGAGGCGGGUCACAGUUUCCGGCCGGGGCAUAAGUUUGACGUGAACAAUGUGCAACUGGUGCUGUGCGGUGAUUUCAACUCGCUGCCGGACUCCGGUGUGAUCGAGUUUCUCAGUGCCGGGCGUGUAUCAAUGGACCAUCAAGAUUUCAAGGAGCUGGGCUACAAAUCCUGCCUGCAGCGUAUAUCAAAUUGUGAUACACCAAAUGAAUUUACUCAUUCCUUUAAGCUAGCGUCGGCGUACAGUGAAGAUAUAAUGCCAUAUACAAAUUAUACAUUCGAUUUUAAAGGUAUUAUUGAUUAUAUAUUUUACUCGAAGCAAGGUAUGAUUCCGCUGGGGCUGCUCGGGCCGAUAUCGGCCGACUGGCUGCGGGAGAACAAGGUCGUUGGCUGUCCCCAUCCGCACAUACCAUCGGACCACUUUCCACUGCUGGUGGAACUAGAGCUAAUACACCUGUCUAGCACUCAGCCCCCGAACGGUCUGAUCGGUCGGAGGUAGCAAUAAAACACACGCCAGACAAACAGCAGAACAGCUAAGAGACAAGAUCAAGAACCAUAAAAACUACAAAACCACACAACGCGUGUAAACAACCGUAAUCAUCACCAUGGACGAUAGCAGCAAACCAACAGAGGAAGACUUAGUAGCUUAGAAGAACCGAACCACGAAAUGAAACGACAGCUCCUACCGGCGUAAAAAAGGCUCAACAAAAUCACCAUUUCUUAGUGUAGACGGCAGCAGCAGCAGUAGUAGUCGCGACCAGUUUCCUAGUUGGUUUCGCAUUCUGUCCAAAAAACCGCCAAAGCCCCAGGCCAGUAAUGUAGCACAUCGAUACCAAAAUCGACCUUGACGACUCUAAUCACUACACAAGCAUGACGUCGACGGGCAUCACCAGACAAAAAAGAGAGAGUUGAUAGGGAGAGGGAGAAAGAGAGUGGUAAACCCUUUUCAUCCCUCAACCAAGGCAAGUCUUACUUUAAUCAAGUAAACUAGAAAUGGGGCAACUCGCGUACAGUCGCAGCCGAGGCAGCAGCAGCAGCAACAGUGAGAACUACUAUCAAAAGCCAAAUAACAAAACAAAAACUUAGGAUUUUAGUAGCAAUCCGGAUUCCCACCCCGUUUACAGAAAACCCAAGAAUAAUCAUGAAACUAAUGUUACAACACAGAUGAAGAAGAAGAAGAAGAGAGAGGUUCGAAUCUCAGUUAGACGAAGGUAAACAGCAAAAAAAACUAUCGAUGAGAGUGUGUUUUUUGAGACAGGAUGGCAUGGAAAAUGAAUUGUUUAGGAAACCAAAAAGUGCAACUAAUAGACACCCUACUAGAAACAUAAUUCAUUUUGUAUUGUUUUUCCACCACCACCCCCAAUUUUCGAGACGAACUCGUCUCUCUAAUGUUGUGAUAUUUUUUAAUUUAGUUUUUGUUUUUUUAAUUUUAAAUUAUACUACUGCAACUACGAAGAAGAGGAACAACAAUGAAACAAAUCGAUUUUAGACUCGAAAUAGCCUUAGAUAUUACCUACCACACACACACACACACGCACGCAACAAAGCAGUUGUCACCAGAAUGUGCUUCCUAAUAUUUUUUUUUACUCAAAACCCUGGUGGUGAUGAUUAAUAUUGUGACACACAGCACGCACCGGUUCAAUUCAAUUCAAUUCGUCUCUCUCUCUAUCUCUCUCUCUCACAUUCUCUUGUUGUUUCUGUCGCAUGCCAACCAAGUUCAACCGGCAACUCCGAGUUCUCAGGGCAAAGCUUUGCGCAGUUCGUUUAAGAGUAAAAUAAUCCAAAAACUAACACCACCACCACCACCACAGAAUAUGGAGCAGUGCUUUAAUAGAUUCUCGUUUUUUUUUCUUUUCGUCGCGUUUAAGAUGGCGUUUAAGCAAAGUAUAUCUAGCCUAUAGCUUGUAAGAUUGUAAUUGUAAACAAACACAAACUAGAACGAACUGAAGCUGAAACAAAAACAAACAAAAAACUACUAAUCAUCGAAAGGAUAUCACUUCGAGCGGAAAAAUUGAAAAUUAAAACCAAAAAAAAAGCAAUCAAAACAAAGCCGUUUUUUUCAAUGAAAUAAUACUCUAAAAGAGGUUAGUUGAUCAUAGAACCUCAGAUAAUAAUUGAGAAAAUGGCCAACGGCGUCAAAAUUUCAAACUAUUAUGUCCGUAUCCGGAGCAAAACUGGAAUUCAACUUUUACCUUAACUACCGACAAAUCGUUUGCUGGCGAUCAGUGAAGUUCUUGAGAUAGUUACUCAUUUCGGGUACAUCGCUUGAAAACGUUCAGACAAACAUUCAUUUGGACAGUGUUGGUGAUUGCCGAAAAUUUGACAGAAGCUGCUCGAUUUUUAUCAAUAUUGUAUACAACAUUUUCAAUCCGGUAGAAGAUGCUACCAGAAUUCGAGUCUCUCAAUGCGCGAACCGCGAAAGAAUUUUUCUACAUUUCUUCGAGCCACUUCAUACUCUGAGUAUUUCACGGCCCUUAAAAAAAAUAACAGUCUGAUAACAGAAUCGGAUCGCGAAACGAGAAUAAGCGAGAAUCCCCACAGUAGCGAGCCAACCUUUAAUUCUCAGACAGGUCAUCGAGAGAAAUUCGCUCUCGCACUGGUGGCUAUUCUAUGUUAAAUGAACCAUGUCGGUUUUUUGUUGCUGCGAUGAUAUCCGUCUCUCUUUGAUGGCACUUAUUGAAUCGUGUGAAGAGUUGCCAGUGAGCGUUCUUUGAUACGAUAUAAAAGUCAUCCUUGCAUUUGGAUCAGAUGUUUUAAAGAAAUCGUUUAGUUAAAAAAUUUAACAACGUUUUUCAAGAACACUUACGUUUGGACAAUUAAUUUUUGCGGCUCUGUCAUUGCCCAUACUUGCAUAUCAGUCCUAUAUUUAGAAUUACCAAGUUUAAAAAAAGAUGCACACAUAUUUCGGAAAUAAUUUGCUUUUUUUCGCUACUAAGAUGAUCGAUGUGUGAUACAUGGAUUACAUGAAAAACUUCUCUUCUGGAAUGAAAUAUGGCAUUUUUGUCAUUUGUUUAUAUAAAAUCUGUUACGCAACAAGAUAACGAACGAAAAGAUACUCGCUUACCGGUCCCAUCUUAGCAUGCUAUGCUUCUCUUGGACGUGGCAAAAUUUCAAGUUUAAUUUUCAUUCGUGUGAAACCUUUAAUCGUUCGAUAAAAUUAUUGUCGUUUUCACUAAACUGUGUUGAUUUCGCACUUAGCAACGCGAGUUUGAGCAAAGCUGAUAUAAAAACCAGGUUCGAAACUGACUCGAUUUUCAAUUCAACAACGUUGAAACUAGGUUCGAAACUGGCUUCGAACAAACGGUUUGACAGCAGUUAGAGUGGAAACUGGGUUAGGUUUGGCAUCAAGCGAAAACGACAUAAGCUUGCGAUAUUAUGUCCGCUUUUGAAACAUUCAAAUUGUGUUGUAAAUACUCUUCCACGGAAGCCAGCUCGAACAGUGACAGAUUUAAAUGGAGUCGGCUGAGUCUGACUGAAAGUUUAAUUACAUCGUAAGGAAAUUCAGAACAUUAACACAAUCGAUACCUGAAAUCCUGGAUCACAUAAAUAUCGUAAGAAGGCUUUCUUUUCCUGUACUUUAUCCAAACUUCCUCCUCUUCUAUCAUCCUAAUCAUCCAUAAUAUAUUCUGCCAUCUACUCUUUUCAUUAUUUUUUCGAGGAACAUAAUAAAAUUCACCUUUCUCGUGUUUACGUUGAUAAAAAAAGUUUCAAUUCAUUUCCAAGUAUCCAAGUUUUAAUUCAUUUCCAAGUGUCAGUAUGUAAGAAUCAAAAAUGUCCUUCUGGUAAUUUUUAUACUUUACAGAUUCACGAGUAGUAACCUUUUUAGCUACCUACCGAAAAAAUGCAGCAAACACUACUUCUAAAGACUGUCCCAGAAAGUAUGGACGCACUUUGAUUUCGCUGUAAAUAAUUCACAAGUGUUAGAUAUUCAAAUUUUAUUCGAUAUACUGAUAAUAUUAGACUACAACAACAGAAUAUUAUUCUCAACAUUUGCUACUUAGCCAUUGUAGACUAGCUGGCGCACCUUCUUGCGAACGUUCCUCAUUAAAUUCCGUACAGACUUCUUGACGACAAGUUUUGACACUUUUUUCCAAUCUUUUUCGGACUGUUGAGUGGUUUCGGCUGCCGAGACAUGUUUCCUAAGAUGUACCUUCGUUAAUGCCCAAAAUACCUCAAUUGGUCGAAGGUGUGGGCAAUUUGGUGGAUUCAUGUCUUUUGGAACGAAAGUGACAUUUUUGGUAGUAUACCAUUCUACCGUUGAUUUCGAGUAGUGGCAAGAAGCAAGAACGGCCCAGAAGACAACAGGAACCUUGUGGCUUCGAAUCAUGGGUAGAAGUCGUUUUUGUAAACAUUCCCUGAUGUAUAUUUCGCUGUUCAUUGAAGCAGUGGUGAUGAAUGGUUUCGAAAUCUUACCGCAGCUACACAUUGCUUGCCCGACCAUAACUUUCUUACCAAUUUUUCGACUUCAAUCGAUGUCUCAGACUGGUUUAACACUUGCCCUUCUCGCACCGCAUACUAUUGUGGUCCCGGCAAGGAUUUGUAAUCGAGUUUCACGUAGGUUUCGUCGUCCAUGAUUAUGCAGUUCAAAUUUCCAGCAAGAAUCGUAUUGUACAGCUUUCGAACCCUCGGCCUGAUCGGUGCUUCUUGUUUCGGACUACGUUUGGGUUGUUUCUGCUUCUUAUAGGUUCGAAGAUUCAAACGUUCUUUAGCACGAAGAACAUUUGAUUUCGAAGUGCCCACUUUUUUGGCCACAUGCCGAACUGAAACCUCCUUCUUUUGUUCGAACGCCUUCAGUAUACGUUUAUUCAACUGAGGGUUAGCAGGACCUUUUUUCGAUCUGUUUUUCGGUUUACCCUCAAUGGUGUUAUCCUCACCGAACUUCCUGAUUUCAUUUCGCAUGGCUUUUUCAUUUACUCCUUCCAUUUUUGCUAUCUUUCUCAGUGACAGUCCGCGUUCUGUGCACAAUUUAUAUACAAUUUUUCGACAUUGUUCUGCUGAAAGUCCACGCAUUUCGAAACAAACUAAUGAAAACGAAUAAACAACUGCACAAGUGAUUAGAGAAGAGUGUAAACAACAGGACGCAGCCAUAAAAAUUGACAGAUUCUGAACCAUUGCCAAAUGGCAGCGGUUUUUGGUUGCGUCCAUACUUUCUGGGACAGUCUUUAUUAAUACAAAUUCAACUGUUUGUAGUAUGUUGAGUUAUGGUAGAAGAGCUGAAUCUUUGCCUAAAGUUGUUGAUUCGGAAGAUGAAAUUGUGAGUAUAAAUGGGAGCAAUACGUUUGAUUCUGAAGGAAGCUAUUUUGGCGAGAAACUAAGAUCAAAACGCAAAAUAUCCAAAAAGAAACAUUGCUAACUAUUGGUGCAUUGGCCAGAAAAAAAAAAAUUAAUGCGACCUGUGCAUUUUUUAAGUAAAUAAAACAUGCUUUUUAAUGCGUGGGACAGCAAAUUUGACUGAACUAACCCCAAACUAUUUUUUGCGAUUUCUGAAAGUAGGGUAAAAAUAGCCGUUAUCCGUCGGGCUGACUCAAAAGUGCCCCAAACUCAUAUGGGAGUGAUAUUUCCCUUGAGCGUUAAGGGAUUAACUCGAUUCAUGGCUAUUCACCGCCACUCGUGUGGCUGCAAAGUGCCCGCAGGUCGUCCUCAACUUGAUCGAUUAACUUUGUACGACAGCGAAUUUGGCUCGAUCGAAGCGUCCUGCGGAGUCCAAAGUAAGCACGACAAAAAAUACAAGAUGCGCCUCUGAAUUGCUCUGCUGGUGUCAUUAUCGGCAGUCACUAGUCAGCCCAAGCACACGAACUCAUUGACCAUUUCGAUUUCAUCACCGCCAAUCAGAACUUGUAAUGGAUGGAUGGCUGACAUUAUCUUCUCUCGAGUCCCUGGCCUUCCAUGUACUUUGUCUUUGACACAUUGAUGAUGUACGUUUCUUCCACUUUAUCAAAGUUCCGUGCAAUAAUAUCAAUAUCAUCAGUGAAACCAAGCAGCUGGACGGACUUUUGAAAAAUCGUGCCACUCGUGUCUAUUCCCGUCCUUUUUAUUACUCUCUCCAAAAUAAUGUUGAAUGGCAAACACGAAAGACCAUCACUUUGCCGUAUCGAGUCCUCUAAGAGUAUCGAAGGAACUUGAUCGAUCCCGCAGAAGGUUUGAUGUUACAGACGUUGGUGGAAGAUUCUUACCACGACAUCCAGUUUCGUCCAACGCACUAGAAGAAAUGGACCGUCAGCUCGGGUACGAGAAAGGCAAGCAUGCGUAAAGAGUUCUCCUAAUUGUUUCCGAAAGUUUGAGGAAACUUAACUUUGAAUUAUUUAUGGUUAUCUCGCAAUUUAGAAAAAAAUAAUCGCAAACUGCUGAAGGCAUUUAAAAGGAAUUAUGUUGCUACGUGGCAAAAUAUAUCCUUCAAUUUAAGAUCUCCAUACGCAGAUUGAACCAUGUAUGGAGAACCAGAAACCCGGAUACGUGGUGCGUCAAUGUGGGACAGUUAGUUCAUACAAUUCAUACGGAUGAUAUUCAGCACAUUCUGAAUACUGCAGCAAUGCUUUGAAAAAUGCGGUAGACAUUUUGACGAUUUCAGUUUCAAAUCUGGUAAAAAUGCUUUUGUCUGAGCGCAAGUUUGCAAGCUUCGCCAUUAGCCCAUUCAAUUCCAGUAAUACCAGAAUGGCUGGGAUUUGAUAUGCGAUAACUAGUUUCGACCGUGAAUAUUUCAAACUGAGUGCCUUUAAAACUGUCGUAAGUGUUGCGACAAAAUUAAAUUCGUUUACCACCGGAUCUCUGCUGAAGUGACGAUCCCCCCCUCCCCACAGAAUCGCGUAGAUUUCUGCUUGAAAAACAGUACAGUAUCCACCAAGUGAAUGAGACUGUUCUAGUCUCAUUGCAUGAUAGUAGAUACUAGCAGUAGUAUGACCAUGAUUGUAACGACCGUCGCUAUAUGGCCGUUCUGUAUUCUGAAUGGCUAUGAUUACGGUGGCAUCUCAUCGGAUCUAUUUAACAGUACAAUACUAAUGUUAAACUUAGUUUUCCCGGAAAAAAUCGAAAGAAAUUAUUUUUUUGAUAAACUAAUUUUGCAUCAAAUUUCUACCAGUUCCAUCAUGUUUCGGCGUCCCCUCGGCUCACCCUCCCUACGGCACUGCGUAGAAGUGAUAUUCUUUUUGCGAUUCCAGGAGAAAAAAACAACAACAAAAGCCAAUGUGAAACACAAAAAAAAUGGAAACAAGAACUCCCAAAAAGAAUAAAAAAAACAAGAAAACUCAUUGUGAUUCUAGAACACGUUUUGAAAACCACGUGAAGCUGUUGAAUACAGCUGUUGUUAUCAGUAGCAUUUACUAAGAAGAAUGAAAAGAGGAAAAAGACGAACAAAAAAAACAACCCCCCACACACAACAAAUGUUAACCAUUAAGAUCAAACAAGCAUCAACAAGUAAAUGGACAGUACAAAACAUAGUCGAGGUUUAACCGGCCGAUAUAACAACUACUAUUAUACCAGCAAACAAAUCACGAGUGGCUUCUCACAACUGGCAGAUUUUGUGUGUGUGCACGCAUUGCAAAAAAAAAACAAAACAAACGAAAAAAAAAUCAACAAUUGCAAUCAACAAGAGCACCAUCGAGAAAACCAAAAAAAAAACGAAACUAUUUUAAACUAUUUCCCUGUGUUUUUGUUUUUAUUCACGCAAGCAAUGCUGAUAAAGAAAUAAUAAGACCGAACAGAAAUUGUAGAUACCGAGUUGUUGUUCCUAUUGCGUCAUGGUUGGUGACUUCUUCAACGGCUCUCUGAUCUCUCUACCUACCGAAAAGAAAAAGAGUUUACUUUUUUUUUGUUAAGUUAUGAGGUACUAGAUUGCAUUUUUUAUAAAUAACUGUGAUCUAUGGAUCUAGUACUAUACGACGGAUUUAAAUGCAGCUGCACGCAUAGUCGUGCCAAAGUUCUACUGUUUGCUUAGUCAGUAAGCUCUUUUCAUUCACUACCUACAGCUGGUAGCAAAUUAUUUGUUUUUUGCAAACAUCUAGUACCUUCCUACGUUGGAAGUGGAAAUAAAUCGCUUUAAUACACACGGCCUUUACACACCAGUCAAUGUUGCUGUCAAAAUCGUUUCAUUACCGUCUUCAAUGCCAAAAUUCGUCCAAACUCAAGAAUGGGUAACACGCCACUCAAUUUCAUAAAAAUGUACUUUACUCAUCUGUGACUAGAAAGAAUGGCAAUUUUAUUGAAAUAAAUCAAACAAAGUUAGACCUUACUCAACUUUAAGUAGCUCUUUUUAAGCGUGUGUGCUCCUGAAUUGACAACAAUAAUGACACGUGGGUAAGGUCCGCUAAUCGCUUGUAGUGCAAGAGCUAAAGUCGCACAGUAGGCCACUUUUUUGUCACAGCAGCUGAUAAAUGUCAAACUCUGUCAGUCAGUUCUAUGUGAAUAGAAGAAAAUAAAAACAGAUAUACAACCACAAUGGACUUAUCAUCGUACCUGUAUUUCCAUCAUCUUUUCUAAGUAAUAAAUGAAAUUUAAUACAUUUGAUGAGACAGAGACAUAAUGAUGAGAAAAAGAGGUGGAAGGUAUAAAUUAGAAUAAUAUGGUUGGUCUGUAGAAGACUAACCCCCCGUUAGCAUUGAAAAAAGUCAUCCAUCGUCGCAUUAAAUUCGUGUUCGCUUGACAACAGCAGCCACAUGCACUCACACUCACUCACAUACACGCAUACUACCAAACAAUACCAGCUUUGAUUGUCAAUAUUCAAAUGUCGGGCUUCGAGUACUAAUCAUUUUUUUUUUGCUUUCAAAAUAUCAAAACGAUUACAAAUUCGGUCGCUUCCCCAAGAACAAUCCACAUGCUUAUUUUCCUCUCGUGAAUUGCUGUAGUGCAACGUAAAAAAAAUUAGCAAUUUGCAAACGGAGGUAAUCAUUGUACAAGUACUGCAACAAUUUUCUUGGCUGCCAACAUUUCGAACGAAACGCAUAAACCAACGUUCAUCAAACGCACCAGAACAAAAAAAAACAAAAAAACUCAUUCGAGAUAAUGAGAGAAAAAAACAUGAAUUUCAAGACAAUGAAAACAACAAAUACAAAUCAUGUUAAUCUUAAGUUUAGUAGUUAUGCGAAAUCUGCAAACAGAAUGGCGUCAAAUGUCAGACAGAGAGAGAUGAACUAACACACACACACACUGUCGACACGCAGUAAUAAUCAACCAACUGAGAUAGAAAAGGAAAACUAUAUUUUUAACCUAUUGAACAGAAUCCGUCUGUUCCUCGUCACUCGUACACACGCGUAAAUACGCUUAUAAACAUUUGUGAAAUCACACACACACACACCAGAAUAUUAAAAUAUUUAACUAAUAGAACAUAUUUCCGUCGCACAUGCAACCAGAAUAACCUAAGAAGCAAAACAAAAAAAAAAGAAAGAUAAAUUAAACAAAUAAAUACAGUUUUGGGACCUCAUAUAGCAAAAGAAACAAAAACAAAACAAAAAGAAUUGAACUCUAUUGUAGAACCCUGCCUUCAGUUCACAAUUAGCGGUCAGUGGAAUCAGUCCGCUGUAAAAAUCAAGUAAAAAAAGCAAAUUCGUAAUCCAAAGUAAAAUGCCACAAUGCCGCAAUUGCAGCCAAUUUUCUUCUGAUUUGCCCCUGUUCAGAGGAGUGACUGACUGCAAAGGAGAGGGAUGAUGUUGGCAACAAUUCGAAAACUGUCAUCCGACUUGUUGACAAUGUUUGACAGGUUGCGUUUGCCCGUCUGGAAUGACACAGCUAUCGUCACUCUCCUGACAGUCUGACUCUAGCUUCAUUGUAAUACAAAAAACAGAGGAGAAAAAAAACUAUUGAAUUGGUCUCAAGGAAGAUUCCCUCAUUCGAGGGUUUUUCCACCAUAUAUGACAGAAUGUUGAUGAAAACAAACAAAAAUAUAUGACAUACGGCUAGGUAUUUAUUUCGAAUCACCCCUCCCACGAACACACAGUCACACUUACAUACAUCCACACACACACACACACAUGCACUCAAACACAAACAUUCAGCAAUAACGGGAAGCCGGAAAAAGGGUGAGAUAGAUGGGAAAGAAGGAACCGCAGUAGUAAUAGUACAGUAGGACGUCGCAGCAGCAGGAGCCAGGAGAAGCCAGACAAACAUUAGUUGCAAUGAUUUUAAUUCGAGUCAAAUAUAAUAAAAAACAAAAACGAAUGGUGGAAAACAAGUAAUCAAAAGAAUCACUUUUUUUUAGGAGACAUGAGUUUAAACUAUGCUAUUUUCGGCAUGGGAAAGCGGAAGAAUACAUCGUUUACCUUGUGCAGUAAAGAAAAUUUCUAGCAAUGAAGAAAAGGGGUUUUAGAGCGGUGAUAGAUUGAAGGAACGGAAGGAAUGAUAACAAAAAAAAAGAAGUGAGACGGAAAUUUCCUUUAUCAUAGAACAAACAAA